GCGGGGCUGAGGGAGGGGCCAGCCCGCGGCGCCAGGAGCCCGACCGGAUCCCGCGCCCCUCUGCCCGCGCUCUGCGCCCUGCGCCGCCACCGACAUGGGGGCCUGUCUGGGCGCCUGCUCCCUGCUCAGCUGCGCGUCCUGCCUCUGCGGCUCUGCCCCCUGCAUCCUGUGCAGCUGCUGCCCCUGCAGCCACAGCUCCACACUGAGCCGCCUCAUCUUCACGGCCUUCCUCUUCCUGGGGGUGCUGGUGUCCGUCAUCAUGCUGAGUCCCAGUGUGGAGAGCCAGCUCUACAAGCUGCCCUGGGUGUGUGAGGAGGUGGCCGGGUCCCCUGUCGUCCUGCAGGGCCACGUGGACUGUGGCUCCCUGCUCGGCCACCGUGCCGUCUACCGUAUGUGCUUCGCUAUGGCCGCCUUCUUCUUCCUUUUCACCCUGCUCAUGAUCUGCGUGCGCAGCAGCCGGGAUCCCAGGGCUGCCAUCCAGAAUGGGUUUUGGUUCUUUAAAUUCCUGGUUUUCGUGGGCAUCACCGUGGGCGCCUUCUACAUCCCUGACGGCUCCUUCUCCAACAUCUGGUUCUACUUUGGUGCCGUGGGCUCCUUCGUCUUCCUCCUCAUCCAGCUGUUGCUGCUUAUCGACUUUGCGCACUCCUGGAACCAGCGGUGGCUGAACAAGGCUGAGGAGAGCGGCUCCCGCGCCUGGUAUGCAGGCCUCUUCUUCUUCACCCUCCUCUUCUACGCGCUGUCAAUCGUGGCCGUGGCACUGCUGUUCAUCUACUACACCCAGCCCGGCGCCUGCUAUGAGGGCAAGGUCUUCAUCAGCCUCAACCUCAUUUUCUGUUUCUGCGUAUCCAUAAUCGCUAUCCUGCCCAAGGUCCAGGAUGCCCAGCCCAACUCGGGUCUGCUGCAGGCCUCGGUCAUCACGCUCUACACCAUGUUUGUCACCUGGUCGGCCUUAUCCAAUGUCCCCGAGCGGAAAUGCAACCCCAACCUGCUGACCCACUUUGGCAAUGGGACUGUCCUGGCGGGCCCCGAGGGCUACGAGACCCAGUGGUGGGAUGCACCGAGCAUCGUGGGUCUCAUCAUCUUCCUCCUGUGCACCCUCUUCAUCAGGACCCACGUCACCUCCAUCUUACAGAUGAGGAGACUGAGACUUGGUGAGGAGCAGCCACUUGUCCGAGGCCAUGAGUGCACAGUGGCCGUGGUGCUUGAGCUCACUUCCCUGCCCCCGAGCUCUGUCCCUCCCCAUGCCCAGCGUGGGCACAGAGCUGUGCUUCCUGUCGCGUCUCAUACUCACACCUCCCUGGCCUUCAGUCACUGGGCUGCACCUCGGAGAGCCCACAGAUCCCAUCUGUUCUUAGCACAGUUCUUAAAACCCAGGAAGCAAAGAAGCAUAAACAGCCACGAGGGCAGGGACCACUGAUGAUGGCUCUUGCUCCCAGCUAGAUGGCCCAGAUCUAGGCUCAUGUGCACUAGAUAUCAGCACAGUAUUUGGUGAUUGGGGUCGACUGAAGCUCAGCAAGGGGUGGUUUUUCAAUUUGAUGGAAUGGGCUGGAAUCCAGGCCUUUGUUCACUUCUUUCAGGAUACACGUUGGAUCUUCAGAAUUGUGUAUGUGUCUCAAACUAUUAAAUGUAGUUAAAAACAUCAAGACCUCAUUGUAGAAAAGCAAUGACAAAAAUCAUUACGAUUAUUCUCUCUUUAUUAUAAACAUAGAGAAAGGGGAGGCAGUGGGUAAUACUACUUAGCUAAAAUGAAUAAAAGGUAGACAAACGUACCAGCAAAUGAGCAUUAUUAUGAACAUUUUUAAUGAAUGUAGUACCUGGUAUGAUCCUUUGCAGUACUAAGUUCUCAACACGUGUUUGUGGAAAUGGCAAAUAAACAACCAGAAUAACAGGGGCCGUUUAUUUGGUUUCUGCUCUGCGCCAGGCACAGUGCUAGGGGCUUCAAACACCAUUACUCCAUUUAAUCCUCCCGGCAACCCUGUAAGGGAGGUCCUAUUAUCUCUGAAUUUACAGACAAGGAAUCAGAGGCUCGGAGAGGUUGAGUGUCUUGCCCAAGGUCACACAGGGA